ACCAUCAGUUUCACCUGAUUCCUCCUACGCAACAUGGAGAAACUAAUCUACAGAGAUGACACGCCGUUGGACAGGCAUGAUCCCAAGACUACACUAAUAACCGAACCAUAUGAAUACCUCCAGAAGCUUCCAGGCAACAACCGGGCCAUUCGGAUCGUGUUUAUCAAGGCUUUUAAUGACCUCUACUUUGGCAUCGACAAUGAUGGGUUGAUCAAUGGCCUUAACGAAUUGGUGGAUAUGCUUCACGAUUGCUCGUUGAUUAUAGACGAUGUGGAGGACUCAUCGGAGUAUAGGAGAGGCGCUUUGGCGGCACACUUGAAGUUUGGUGUGCCUUCCACCGUCAAUUGUGUCAACUACAUGUAUUUUGUGGCAAUUGACAAGGCCAGUAAAUUGGCCCCCUUGUAUACGUCGGAUCUUCAUGAGCAAGAACUCAUCACCUUAAGAGUCAAUAAGAUCAUCACCGACGAAAUGUUAAAUUUGCAUCAUGGGCAAGGAGUGGAUAUCUACUGGAGAGAUAAUAAGCUGGAUCUCCCCCGCUUGCCCACCGAAGAAGAGUACUUGGAGAUGGUUAUGGAUAAGACGGGCGGGUUGUUGCGGAUUAUGGUGAAGGUUCUCGAGGCAUUCAAGCCGUCGAAGUCCACCAAACAUGUAGCGUUGACUAGUUUGAUUGGCAUAAUAUACCAAUUGAGAGAUGACUAUUUCAACUUGACCAGCGAUAAGUACAGCCACAUGAAGGGCGUGGUGGGAGAAGACUUGAUCGAAGGCAAGUUCUCAUUCCCGAUUCUCCAUAGUUUACGGUUCUCCAUGACAUCGCCAUUAUAUGAGUUACUUUAUAACAGAAGCGUUGAAAAGAGAAAGCUGCUGGAAAGCCAUCAUUUGAUAGCGGAAUCGAUCAAGUUCAUGACCAAUGAGUCCAAUUCCCUCGAGUACACCAACAACAAGCUCAAGGAGUGUUUGAACAUGGCCAGGAAGUUGAUUGAGACUGAUCCCACGGUCCAUAACCUGGACUCUACCUAUAUCCUUCAAAUCCUCCAUCAGCUCAGUGAUACUUAAUAAAUGCGCAUCUCAUCUAGGC